CAUACUAACUCUAUCCAUACUAUGGCCAAUACGCAUACCAUAUACUCAAUUUACGUCGAGUGGAAAAACAUAGUAAGAGAAGUACCAGAACACUUUGAUGUAAGGGAGGCACAUGGCAAGCAGAUGAGGAAAUUUGGCAAGGGUGGAAGAAAUUAGAAAUGUCUUAAAAAUUGGAAGUUUCUCGCAGAACACAAGCUGAUGGGAAAUAUCAAGAAUGUUGCAAAAACGGCGAAGAAGGAGCAACUCAUUAUUGCAUACAACGAUUUGUUUGAGAGCAAGAGAUUUUUAGGUUCAGAACCCAUUGAAGAUGUAACGGAGCAUGUGAAAAAUGUGAAGAUCGACGACAAGCCCAAAGAAGUUGUGGAAGCCGUUGAUGAGGGUCCUCCUAAGUUCUUCAAGUCUGUGCUGAAGAAAGGUGACAAGACUAACUUCCCUAAGAAGGGAGACAAUGUGAGCUGUUGGUACACUGGCUCCCUGGAGGAUGGCACAGUGUUCGACACCAACAUCCCUGCAACUGCCAGAAAGAAGAAACAGAGCAAGCCACUGAGCUUCAAAGUUGGCCUGGGCCGGGUCAUCAAAGGGUGGGAUGAAGGUAUCUUAACGAUGAGCAAAGGCGAGACAGCCAAACUGGAGAUUGAACCAGAAUGGGCCUACGGGAAGAAAGGACUUCCUGAUUCAAAAAUCCCACCAAACGCAAAGCUGAUCUUCGAGGUCGAGCUGGUGGCCGUCGAUUAAUGGCAGAAACCUACCCAGCAUGCCCUUCUCUCCGUGGACGGGGAAAACAUGGUAGUCACUAGAUGGCUAUGCUCGAAAGGACAGAAGUGGUUGUAACAUUGAAGGAGUCUGUGAUAUGUCUUAAUUUACAUUUAAUGGGAUGCUUUGGGAUUUUGGCAAUAAGGCCAUUUAUCUACUUCCCCAGAGUCAGAUUCACUUUUGGAUACCUUGUUUGUUUUUGUCAGUGUCCAGUAUGAAGGAAGUUAAAUAUAGCAGUGGCUUGAGAAACUAACUAGUUUUGGCACAAUGACUGGAAUUCUAUGGGCAUCUACUAGAAUGUGUUUAACACUAGUUAGUAUUGGCUCAUGAAACUACAUAUAACUUUCAUUAAAAAAAAAAAUAUAUAUAUAUAUAUAUAUAUAUAUUUUUUUUUUAACUAGGUAGGCUAGUUGAGAACAAGUUCUCAUUUGCAACUGCGACCUGGCCAAGAUAAAGCAAAGCAGUUCGACACAACAGCGUUAGACAUGGCAUAAACAAACAUUCAAGCAAUAAUACAGUAGAAAAAUCUAUAUACAGCAUGUGCAAAUGAGGUAGGAUAAGGGGUAAGGCAAUAAAUAGGCCAUGGUGGCAAAGUAAUUACAAUAUAGCAAUUAAACACUGGAAUGGUAGGGUGACUGGACACUGAGUCAUAAAAGUGGUGUUCAUCUGAUUCAUUGCCAGAAUCCCAAAGUAACCCUUAAGGUUAGUCUGGUUGUUUUGUCUUUUUCUGCUGUUAAGUCCUUUUAUCAUUGUUUUGGCAUAUUGUCUGAAGCAGGAACAGACCAGGGUUAUUUGUGGUGAGUUGAGAAGGUGCCAUGCUUCUGUCCUUUCCAGCAUGGCAAGAUGGUGAUGACCGGACAACACUGUACAGAUGGGGCAUCCUGCCUGACAGUUACACACCGCAGAGGAAAGCCUUCCUGUUUAUUCUUGUUCUUUUGCAUGCAUGUCCUUUUUUAAAGAUUAAUAAACCAAUUUUGGAGACUAAAUUGA